GUGAUGUCCACGUUGGCAUGGCUGACCGGAAUGGGCAGCUGGAGGUGGAUGUGAUCCAGGCGAGGGGACUUAUCCCAAAGAUGGGCUCCAAGACCAUCCCUGCCACCUACGUGAAAGUUUACCUGUUGGAGAACGGUGUCUGUCUGGCCAAGAAGAAGACCAAGGUGGUGAAGAAAACCUGUGACCCAUCGUACCAGCAGCCUCUGCUCUUCGAGGAGAGUCCCCAGGGCAAAGUCCUGCAGGUGAUCGUCUGGGGAGAUUACGGGCGCAUGGACCACAAGUGCUUCAUGGGGAUGGCCCAGAUCGUCUUGGAGGAGCUCGAUCUCUCCAGCACAGUCACGGGUUGGUACAAACUCUUCCCCACCUCCUCGUGCAACAUCGGCCCUCUGACCCCCCGCCCCUCCCAGUCCUCCCUGGAGAGCUCCACCAGUCCCUCCUGCCC